AUGAGUGAUGCCCUUCAUAUGGAGGAGGGAACUCGGGUGGGGGAACCACCUUUCCUGGUCCAGCAGGGAGCCACCCUGAGACCACGUAAGGUCGAACUGAGAGAAUACAAAGAAACAGCCCCCGCUCCCACCACUGCAACAGGAAAUAUAAUAAUUGACUCCCUCAACGCAUUGAUAGACACCUUGGUUUUUGGUAGCGAGGAGGUGGAGCGUCACAGGAGGGACGCUGCAACAAGCUGCUACGCGGCGCAACCGCAGCAGCAGCCCAGGGAGCCUCACAGGCAGGAAUGUGAUGGAAGUACAGAUUACAGAGCUUUCUUAAGUGGCAUGUGCGUAUGCCAUGGGGGUGAGCCGACCCUGCCGCCUCUGCCUACUCCACCUGCUGCAGGCCGAUUUGCAGAUUUAGAUCCUUUUUCUUGCGAAGUCCUCGGCCAGCUCUCGAAGGAGGAGCCGGAGUUUUAUCUUCCCUAUAUGCAUUUCCACCGCAUAACCCUUGCACACCAAGCGGACUUCUCUGCUGAGGGUUUAAAAAGGUUCCCUCAAGGUGAGCCUCUCCCUCAGCCAGGCAGCAAGUAG